AUGACGUAUCAAGUCAAAGGAACCGCAUUCAUCACGGGCGGUGCAUCAGGCAUCGGCAAAGCCACCGCGCACGUCCUCGCACAGAACGGGAUCAGCGCAAUCGCACUGGUAGAUGUGAACCUGCCACUCCUCGAGGAGACGCAAAAGGAACUGCAAUCGGAGUAUGCGCAGCUCCGCGUCGCAGUCCUCCAGGUCGACGUCACGGACGAGGUAUCCGUCGAAGCCGCCGUGCGCAAGACGGCGGAGGAAUUCGGACGGAUCGAUGUCGGGGUCAAUGCUGCUGGAAUCAGCGGCCGGCCGGGUCUGUCGCAUGAUUUGGAGCUGUCGGACUGGCAGAAGGUGAUUGAUAUCAAUCAGACGGGGCUGUGGAUCUGUCAGCGGGCGUUGAUCCGGCAGAUGUUGAAGCAGGAGACACGGGGAGCGCGCGAAGGACGAGGCAGCAUUGUCAAUAUCGCGUCGAUGUUUGGGGUUACUGCGCCGCCGGGGGAGUUUGGGGCUGCGCCUUAUGUGGCUUCGAAACAUGGUGCGUUCUGCCUCGCUGGUCUGGGUUCUGCUAACGAGCCAGCUGUUGUGGGAAUGACCAAGAUGGAUGCCAAAUCAUAUGCCAGAGAGGGCAUUCGCAUCAACGCCAUAUGCCCCGGGUGGGUGGAAACUCCUAUGAUAAGCCGGAUGAUAGAAUCCGGCGUUCUCGACACGCAAUUUGCGAUGAUUCCCCUGGGACGCCCUGCAGUGACGGACGAGAUUGCCAACGCGAUUCUAUUUCUCGCUUCGCCCAUGAGCAGCUACAUGUGUGGGGCAGCAAUGGUGGUGGAUGGAGGAUUGUCAGCAUAA